UCUUUCGAAUACCGUUACGAAACGCGAAUCAUACGAUGCGUAGAAAGACAACUCGAAUUAUUAUCACGUUCGGCGCGCUCGCGCCAUCUUGCAGAGGCAAUUUCAAAUAAAAUAAAGGAGCAUUUAGUAUCAACGACAACGCCAUUUUUCUUCUCUGCCUUAUUAUCGUCAAACAAGAUAUCGAAAUCAUCCUAUCUUGAAAAUCGUGAUUGGCUCGUAUUCCCAAUGAUUUCAGAGACCAAUUAAUCGUGAUCUUUUUUCAUUUUUUCCUGCAUAGAAUUUACGCAUUUCCGAGUGACAUUCCUUAAGAUUUUUCUAGUGCGUUCUUUGACGUCAUGUGAUACGAUAUAAGUGAAAUCCUUAAAUACGCGCCGUGUUUUACUAGAGAGAUAAAAUACAAGAACAUAUAAUAUCUUUGAAAAGUGAAUUUCGUUUUUCUUAUAAUGAAUGUAAAACUAUUAAAUGAGAUCGAUUAUCUGACUCGUCUUAUAAAAAAAUAUAAGAAUGAAUCGUCUGGAAAUUUGCCUAAUAAUAAUGCUACAAAUAAACAGAAUAUAAAUAUGAAUAUAACUGAACGUAAAAGUAACGUAAAUACAUUUCCUGAAUCUCGACCAAUUGACAUACUGACUUAUGAAAAAACAAAUAAUAUAAAACCUUCAACAACAUCCUGUAACGUUUAUGUUAAUCCAUAUUUUAAGCCACAAAAUCCUGUGGUACAUAUCAAUCCCAAAAUACACAUGAAACCAUUCAUACAUGUCAAUCCUAAAUUGGUAAAAAGUGUUGCUAGUACAAAUGAAACUACAAUGAAUAAUACUUCUAACAUAAUGAGUAAUUCUCAACAAAAUUUAACACAAAUGGACAUAAAAAAGAUGAAACUUCAUACAAAACCUUCAAUACAUGUCAAUCCAAAGAUAAUGACCAGCAUCGCCAGUUCAACCUCAAUGACAGAAAAUAAUUAUACAUCUGUUAAAUCAGAUAUUAAAGAAAGUUUUAUUCAGACAGAUGUUAAAAAAUCAGUAUAUAUAAAUCCAAAAUUAAUGUCAAAGUUAUCCUCCACUAAAGAAUCUAAAAUAGUUGAAAAGAAAGAGACCAUACCAAAUUUCAAUCAACCUGCAUGUUCAAGAUUAAAAUUUAUAAGAAAAAUUGACAAUACCAAAACUCCUAUAAAAAAAACUAAUAUGUCAAAUAUUUUAUUAUUAUCAAAAAGAAAACUAAUAAGAGCUAAACGCACAAUGAAAGGAAAUACUGUGAUUUCUCAAAUAGGUCCACAAAAAGUUAAAAAACUUUCUCCAACAAAAAAAAUUAAAAGUACCACAUUACAGAGUACAAAAAAUAUUGUAGCCAAUAAUAAUACAUUGCAAUCCACAAAUAAUGGUAUAAACUUAUCAAAAGUGCAUAAUACUAAAACAAAAGUAAAUAAAUACAAAAUCGAUAGAACUGUACAAUUAUUAACAGAACCGAAAAAAAGUGAAAAUUCUCAACCAAAGAAAGACAAGUAUGAUUUGAUGGAAUUGGUUACAAUUGGAGGAAUAGUAUAUAAAUCAUCCAGAAAUCAAUUGGUUCGAAGAAGUUACUCUUUAAAGAGAAAGCUCGCAUCAAAUACUAAAAAUGACAAAUUUAUAAUUACGACCAACGGUAAGAAGCUUUGUAGACUCAAAAUAACCAAAGAUGUAUCUAAUCGGAAGAAUGCUACACAAACGACUGAAUCUAAACUUGGGAACACAGUUACAUCAAAAAUUGCUUACAAGAAUAACAUUAGUAAUAAAGUUAAACAAAGGAGUAUACAAAUUUUGCGCAAUAAAAUGCGCAAAAAUAACCAACCAUGUUUGUUCUUCCAACGAUUUGGAUACUGUGCCAAUCAAAAGAAGGGAACCUGUUCCAAACUUCAUGACAAAAAACAGAUCUCAGUUUGUAAAAAAUUUCUUCAAGGAAAAUGCUUAUUGGAUGCAUGUCCACUUUCACAUGAUGUUGGACCUGAGAAAAUGCCAACCUGCAAAUAUUUUCUAGAAGCCUGUUGUACAAGAGAUCAGUGUCCGUAUCGUCAUGUCAAAGUUUCUUCUAGUACUCCCAUCUGCAUAGAAUUUCUACAAGGAUAUUGUUCUAAGGGAAACGAGUGUAAGCUGCGUCACGAGUAUCUUUGCCCUGAAUAUAAUAAAACAAGCAACUGCAGCAAAGGUAAGUAUUGUCCCUAUCCUCAUAAACCAACUACAUCUAUUGCCCGACAAAACAAUAAGUAUAGACAAAAAGAACCUAAUGCAAUUAAAGAUCAAAGUACAUCUACAAUGGAGAAUGAUACAGAAUUGACCAAUCAUGAAUUAAGAUUACGAUAUUACGAGAAUACUGACACAGUCAAUAGUGAUUUUGCUACAACAAAGGAUAAUAUUAUGAAAAAAGUACAAAUUAUGAAAAAUGUUGUACUAGCACAACAAUCUGGCGAUAUAUUUAUAAACGAGGAAUUCUCUAACAACAAUAUUGCAGAACCAAGCAUAUCCGAAAAAGAGUCAACAAAUAAUUUUGAAAACAAAUUGCCGAAAAGAUUGCCUCUUGGUAUUCUACCUGCUUUUAUCCCUAUUAAUUAACAGACGUGAUUAUUAUUUAAAUCAUAAUUAU